ACGCCGUACAACUAAAUGCUGUAUUUUUUUUUUUUAUCAGCACGAAGUUUCUAUACUCUGUAUACCCACGGAAUUAGUAAUCAUCAACUAUAUACUACUGUCUUAUAAAUGUCCUAUUCUUCUCCCUAUAGCUAAUUCAUCACCAUAUCAAUUUUUGUUUUUAGAGCAUUCCCAAAAAGUUGCAGUUUUGUAGUAAUUAAUUGUUUCAAGUUCAACCCUUUUCACACUUUAUCAUAUUCUACCAACAUUAAUCAUCGACUCCAAUUUGUUUGAGACUGAAGCAUAACCAUUUCAUUUUAAUCUACGUGCAACAUAUAUAUGGAGUCUGUUUCUGUACCUAGUGCCGAAAACAAAUCCGUUUUCUCAAGAUUACGGAAUAGGUUUACGCUAGAUAAGGCGACUUCUCAGAAGAAAGACGAGGGCCUAACAACAACAACGACAACGACAAUUACUACUACUACUGGUCCUCGUCUUUCAGUAAGUAGUAGUAGUAGUAAUAAUAGUGAAUUAGAGAGGGUAUUUACGUACUUUGACGAGGAUGGAGAUGGAAAGGUGUCACCAGCGGAGCUAAGGAGGUGCAUGAAGGCGGUAGGAGGUGAGCUGACGGCGGAGGAGGCUGAGAUGGCGGUGAGGCUAUCGGAUUCUGACGGGGAUGGGUUGUUAGGAUUGGAGGAUUUUACAAAGCUAAUGGAAGAAGAGAGGAACAAGGAGAGUGAAUUGAUUGGAGCAUUUGAAAUGUAUGAAAUGGAAGGGAGUGGAGGCUACAUUACUCCUAAGAGCUUGAAGAGGAUGUUGAGUCGACUUGGUGAGUCAACUUCCAUUGAUAAAUGCAAAGCUAUGAUUAGGAGAUUUGAUCUCAAUGGAGAUGGAGUUCUUAGCUUUGAUGAGUUCAAAACUAUGAUGACAACUUAGGAGAAGAUUUCAAAACCCAAAUAUUGCUCCAUACUGUAUCAUUUAUGUACAUAAUUAUCUGAUCUUAGUUUCGGUGUUUUUUCUUGAUUUCUUCCUUCUAAAAAACAAUUGUAAUAUGAUGGGAUAAUACUCCCUCCUUCUCAAAAUACUUGUCGUAUUUUUCAUUUACACGCCCCUUAAGAAAAUAUUAAUUAGGAAGGGUGUAAUUAGAAGUCUGUACUCUUUUAAUCUUUACGUACAUGUAUAAUUCUUUGGCCAUGAGCUUCAAUUUGAUUAUUGAAAAA